ACAUCACUACACUUCCCCGUUGUCACAGUUUGCAUUGUUGCGCGAAAUUCUCAGGUUUCCAGAUCCAUGGAAACCGCGGAGCGGCUAAAGACAACAAUGCGCUCAUUACGCCCCACGUCAUUUGGCUGCUACUUGCUAUUGUGGUGUUGUAAAGCCUAUCAAACAUGUCAAAAUAUAAAGAGGGUGCCCUGUUCGAAUUAAACAUGCUACGAGAAACGUGGUGUCGAGUAGAGAUUGACAGUAAAUUUUGGGAAAGAGCAGAGAAGAGACAUUUUGACUGUCAUUUGCAAAACACCUGCGACUUCAAGACGCUCCAGGCAGUGACUCCGGAGCAACGGUCUGCUUGGACAGCUGCAGGACAUGUCACCAAAUACCCGGAGCGAAAACACUUCGAAGAAAGCCACAAGGCCCAUCUGGUAUAAUGAAGCAGAGGAACCCUUCAGCACCAAGUGGAAUAUUUCUGAAAUAAAUGGCACAUAAAUUAUAUAUAGAAGUGUCCAUCACAUAUGCAAAAACA